GUAGAAAAUCCUGCAGCGUUACGUCAAACAACAUAAUAACACCCUUUUCAUUUAAAAGCAGUGAUUGGGCGUGAAUUCCCCAACGAGCGUAACUAUUGGCUUACACUAGUGUCAGUUUCAAAGAUUGUACGAAGGUGACGUAAUCCACUGAGCUGUGGUAUCUUGGCAUUUGUGUGGGGUUCACUGUUGAAAGAGAAAUUUUAGUCUGUUGUCUUUCAUCCUUGCUUGCCGUGUGUCCUCUCGCUUUUUAGGCCUCUGUGUUUUGCUGUAGUUUAUCUUGUAGAUCUCUCCAGUCUAAUUUUCCAUGUUGUGCCGCCGUCUUAUUUGGCAGGACCCGAGCUGAGGAUGGGUUUUCGUUGCGGGAGAAACACUGUGGUUGUCGCCGGCUGGCUGCUCUGAGCAGGGAGUCUUGAACUACUCCCUGUUUAGUUUCCUUAUUUAUUGUGGUUCCAGUCGCAUCCUUAGGGUCAAUAUAUCUUAAAAAGUCCACCUGAAGAAACCACCUGUAUCAUAUCAAGAUGUCUGGGGCCUCAGUUAAAGUUGCAGUCCGAGUACGACCAUUUAAUUCCAGAGAGAUCAGCAAGGAGUCAAAAUGUAUCAUCCAGAUGCAGGGAAACUCAACAACUAUUGUCAAUCCCAAGAACCCAAAGGAAUCGCCAAAAUCUUUCAGCUUUGAUUAUUCCUACUGGUCACAUACCUCAAUAGAAGAUCCUUGCUUUGCUUCCCAGAACAGAGUUUACAAUGACAUUGGUAAAGAAAUGCUACAACAUGCAUUUGAGGGCUACAAUGUAUGCAUUUUCGCAUACGGACAGACUGGGGCUGGAAAAUCUUAUACAAUGAUGGGCAAACAGGAGGAAAAUCAAGCUGGAAUCAUCCCACAGCUGUGUGAAGAUCUGUUUGAGAAAAUCAAUGACAACUGUAACGAAGACAUGUCCUAUUCUGUGGAGAACGGUGGCAGCUACCAACAUGAAUGAGACCAGCAGUAGAUCUCAUGCAGUAUUCACAAUCGUUUUUACACAGAAGAAACAUGAUGCUGAAACGGAUCUCUCCACAGAAAAGGUCAGCAAAAUCAGCUUGGUAGAUCUCGCUGGAAGUGAAAGAGCUGACUCAACAGGAGCAAAAGGGACAAGGUUAAAAGAGGGAGCAAACAUCAACAAAUCACUCACAACUUUAGGCAAAGUUAUUUCCGCACUCGCAGAAGUGGAUAAUUGCACCAGCAAGAGUAAGAAGAAAAAGAAAACCGACUUCAUUCCAUACAGAGACUCUGUACUGACCUGGUUGCUUCGGGAAAACCUUGGUGGAAACUCCAGGACUGCUAUGGUUGCUGCUCUAAGUCCAGCAGAUAUCAACUAUGAUGAAACUCUUAGCACUUUGAGGUAUGCAGAUCGUGCAAAACAGAUCAAAUGUAAUGCUGUUAUCAAUGAAGAUCCCAAUGCUAAACUCGUACGGGAACUCAAGGAGGAGGUAUCUAGGCUGAAAGAGCUUCUGCGUGCCCAAGGACUGGGGGAUAUCAUUGACAUUGAUUCGCUGGGAGAGGAUUACCCUGGAAGUGGAAUUAAAUAUCUCAAAGAUAUACAGAACAAUAAAAAUAGAUACUUACUAGCCACAGAGAAUCAACGACCUGGCAAUUUCUCCACAGCGUCCUUUGGCUCUCUGACAGCAUCCUCAUCCUCAAACUCCCUUAGCCAGAUGGGCUUGCCUUCUGCGACCAGCAUACAGGAGAGAAUUAUGUCAACCCCUGGUGGUGAGGAGGCCAUAGAAAGAUUAAAGGAAUCUGAGAAAAUUAUUGCUGAACUGAAUGAGACCUGGGAAGAGAAACUACGGAAGACGGAAGCUAUCAGAAUGGAGCGGGAAGCAUUGCUUGCUGAAAUGGGAGUAGCCAUCAGAGAAGACGGAGGCACACUUGGAGUGUUUUCUCCAAAGAAGACACCGCAUCUUGUCAACCUUAAUGAAGAUCCUCUCAUGUCAGAAUGCUUGCUUUACUACAUCAAAGAUGGUAUUACAAGAGUUGGCCAGGCAGAGGCUCAGCGGAGACAAGAUAUUGUUCUCAGUGGUGCACACAUAAAGGAGGAGCAUUGUAUUUUCAGGAGUGAGAGGAACCAAACUGAAGAUGUCAUUGUUAUGCUGGAACCUUGUGAUCAAGCAGAGACUUACGUUAAUGGUAAAAGGGUUAUCGAACCUGUGCAGCUGCGUUCAGGAAACCGCAUCAUUAUGGGCAAGAACCACGUUUUUCGCUUUAACCACCCAGAGCAGGCUCGUGCAGAGCGUGAAAAAACGCCAUCAGCAGAGACACCUUCUGAGCCAGUUGAUUGGACGUUUGCACAGAGGGAACUCCUAGAAAAGCAGGGAAUUGACAUGAAGCAGGAGAUGGAGAAAAGGCUUCAGGAAAUGGAGAUUCUGUACAAGAGGGAAAAAGAAGAAGCAGACCUUCUGCUUGAGCAGCAAAGACUGGACUAUGAGAGCAAGCUGGAGGCCUUGCAGAAGCAAGUGGAGACACGCUCAUUAGCAGCUGAAACUACAGAGGAAGAAGAAGAUGAGGAGGAAGAAGUACCUUGGACCCAGCAGGAGUAUGAGCUGGCACAGUGGGCAUUCAGAAAGUGGAAGUAUCACCAGUUUACGUCAUUGAGAGACCAGCUGUGGGGAAAUGCUGUGUAUUUAAAGGAAGCAAAUGCUAUCAGUGUUGAGCUGAAGAAGAAGGUGCAGUUCCAAUUUGUCCUGUUGACCGACACACUGUAUUCUCCACUACCACCGGAACUCCUCCCUCCUGAAGCUGAGAAAGACCGUGAUGCUCGACCUUUCCCUCGGACUGUAGUUGCUGUGGAAGUGCAGGACCUUAAGAAUGGAGCAACACAUUACUGGUCACUUGAAAAGCUAAAGCAAAGGCUUGACCAAAUGAGAGAGAUGUAUGAUAGAGCAGGAGAAAUGGCAUCUGGUACCCAGGAAGAAGGUGAUAACGUAAUGACUGGCAAUGAUCCUUUCUACGACCGCUUCCACUGGUUUAAACUUGUUGGAAGUUCCCCGAUAUUCCAUGGUUGUGUCAAUGAGCGGCUAGCAGACCGCACCCCCUCCCCUACUUUCUCCACUGCGGACUCAGACAUCACAGAACUUGCUGACGAGCAGCAAGAUGAGAUGGAAGACUUUGACGAUGAGGCAUUUGUGGAUGAUACAGGCUCUGAUGCAGGGACUGAAGAAGGAUCUGACAUCUUCAGCGAUGGGCAGGACCCAUUUUACGACCGCUCCCCUUGGUUCAUUUUGGUAGGAAGAGCAUUUGUCUACUUGAGCAACUUGCUGUAUCCAGUGCCCCUUGUUCACAGGGUUGCUGUGGUUAGUGAGAAGGGGGAAGUGAGGGGCUUCCUGCGUGUAGGAGUGCAGGCCAUUGCAGCUGAUGAAGAAGCCCCUGACUAUGGUUCUGGAGUACGCCAGUCUGGCACUGCCAAAAUCUCCUUUGAUGAUGAAUACUUCAGAAAGAGCGACUUCACAUCUGUAGCAAUGACUCGCUCAGGAUUGUCCUUAGAAGAACUCAGGAUUGUUGAAGGACAGGGACAAAAUUCAGACAUAAUCACACCAUCAGAAGAGCUGAAUCGAAUAAAUGAUUUAGAUCUGAAGGCUGGGACUAUGUUGGACCCUAAGCUGACUGUGGAAGGCUUGAAUGAUGGCAUUGGUGAUCAUCUGAAAAUUGGUAGCAUUUUUACAUAUCGUGUUACAGUGCUUCAAGCAAGUGGAAUCCAGCCAGAAUUUGCAGACAUUUUCUGUCAGUUUAAUUUUUUGCAUCGGCAUGAUGAAGCUUUCUCCACGGAACCACUGAAGAACAGUGGCAGAGGAACACCUCUUGGAUUUUACCAUGUACAGAAUAUUGUUGUAGAAGUCACUGAGUCCUUCAUAGAAUACAUUAAAACCAAGCCAAUAGUAUUUGAAGUAUUUGGACACUACCAGCAGCAUUAUACAUUUCCACAAGGACUGGACCUCAUUAGUCCUUCUCCAGCAUCUCGAAAAUUCUUUCCACCUCCUAUGCCACUUUCAAAGCCAGUGCCAGCCACAAAGUUGAAUGCAGUGAGCAAGCCAAAUGUGGGACAGUGUGUCAGCAAGUAUGACUUGCUGGUUUGGUUCGAAAUUAGUGAGCUGGAACCAACUGGAGAGUAUAUCCCUGCUGUUGUGGAUCACACUAAUGGACUUCCUUGUCAGGGUACUUUUCUGCUUCAUCAGGGAAUCCAGAGAAGAAUCACUGUGACUAUUAUUCAUGAAAAAGGCAGUGAGCUACACUGGAAGGAUGUUCGAGAACUGGUUGUUGGUCGUAUUAGAAACAAACCAGAAGUUGAUGAUGCUGCUGCAGAUGCGGUCCUCUCCUUGAACAUAAUUUCUGCAAAACACAUCAAAUCAUCUCACAAUUCUAACAGGACGUUCUACCGGUUUGAAGCUGUCUGGGAUAGCUCUUUACACAAUUCUCUCCUCCUGAACAGAGUGACUCCAUAUGGUGAAAAAAUCUACAUGACUCUAUCAGCAUAUUUAGAGCUUGACCACUGUAUCCAGCCUGCUGUGAUUACUAAAGAUGUCUGCAUGGUGUUCUACUCCAGAGAUGCAAAGAUCACGCCCCCACGUUCCUUGCGCAGCCUAUUUGGUAGUGGCUACUCAAAAUCACCUGACUGUAACCGGGUGACUGGUGUUUAUGAACUGAGUUUAUGCAAAAUGGCCGAUACAGGUAGCCCUGGAAUGCAAAGGAGACGAAGAAAAGUUCUAGAUACUUCAGUAGCAUAUGUGCGGGGAGAGGAGAACUUAGCAGGAUGGCGACCCCGUGGUGACAGUCUCAUUGUGGAACAUCAGUGGGAACUGGAGAAAUUAGAUCUAUUACAUGAGGUGGAGAAAACUCGACAUCUACUUCUUUUGCGGGAAAAGUUGGGUGAAACCAUUCCAAAGUCCCUGUGUGACUCCAUUUCUCCAAGUCUCAGCAGUGGGACCCUAAGUACAUCUACUAGCAUUUCCUCUCAGAUAUCUACUACCACCUCCUUUGAAAGUGCUGUCACUCCCAGUGAGAGCAGUGGUUAUGACUCGGCAGAUAUCGAGAGCCUUGUGGACAGGGAAAAAGAACUGGCAACUAAGUGCCUACAACUUUUAACUCAUACGUUUAACAGAGAGUUUAACCAGGUCUGCAACAGCAUCAGUGAUUGUAAGUUAUCUGAUAUUUCUCCUAUUGGCCGGGAUGCAUCAGUGUCUAGUUUCAGCAGUGCCACCCUUACACCUUCAUCGACUUGUCCAUCAUUAGCAGACUCCAGAUGUAGCUCUGUUGACCAGAAAACUCCAGAAGCCAACUCUAGGUCAUCAAGCCCAUGUGCGGAGUAUGAGAACUUUCCCAUGGUUCCAGUAGUGGAGACAUCCUACUUGGCUCGAGCUGGCAAGAAUGAGUUCUUAAAUCUUGUCCCCGAUAUUGAGGAGAUGAGACCUGGCUCUGUUGUUUCCAAAAAAGGAUACCUUCACUUCAUGGAACCCCAUUCUAAUGCCUGGCUGAAACACUUUGUUGUGGUGCGUCGGCCAUAUGUGUUCCUGUACAACAGUGACAAAGAUCCUGUCGAACGAGGGGUUUUGAAUCUGUCUACUGCCCAGGUUGAAUACAGUGAAGAACAGCAGGGUCUGUUAAAGAUACCAAACACCUUUGCAGUUUGUACAAAGCACCGUGGGAUACUUCUUCAAGCUAUCAAUGACAAGGAUAUGUAUGACUGGUUAUAUGCCUUCAAUCCACUACUGGCUGGCACAAUAAGGUCAAAACUUGCCAGAAGACGUUCUGGGCAGCCAAAGAACUAAGAGCCUAUAAAUCAUCGUGUAAGAGUGGGAAGCGGAUACUUUCUGACCUGCCUGCCAAUGCAAAGUGUUAUCUGUCAUUAAACUUUGUGGUUCUUGACAUUUUUUUCUCCCAUAUAUGUAAACCAGUGGCUUAACUCCUUUUAAGCACCUUUUCCAGCUACCAUAACCUAUUUUAUUUUCUUACAUUCCACGAGUUCUAAUAGUAGCAUGUGGUACAGUCUAGUAUGUGUGCACUUGUCAACCACAAACUUUUCAUUUCUGCAAGUUUUCUAGUGUUUGUAAGGCUGUUCUGACAGUGUUAUAACUCGGUGGGUAUUUUGCUUGGUUUAGAGAACAAUUUGGAAGCAUAGAUGCCCGGAGAGUGACAGGUAGCACUGCACAUGUAAUUAACAUGUGCAUCAGUUUUUGUAAAAUUCUUAAUCGUUAUUGUGAGUCUUGGGUUUCUAGUCACAUUACAUAACUAGGAAGAGUUAUUUUGCUUGUGCUUUCAGUCACAUGUUCUAGGUUCAAACUAAAAGAAUGGUUAUAAAUUGGCUUCUUUAUUUAUUUAUUUAUUUUUUUGCUAUCAGCAAAUCCAUUUUGCAUUUAACUGUAGAGUGUUGAAAAUAUUCUUCUACAAGUCAUGUGUCAGAAAUAUUUAUACUAUUAAAUGAUUCAGACCAGCUUCCACAUUUGAAUUUGACUUUCAUAUGCUAGGCUCAGGAAUUUGCACAACGUUCCUGUGUGUUAAUAGUUGUUUUCUUGUGAGGGGGUGGUAGCUUAACCAGUGACAUUCAGGAAAAAUGUUUCAACGUUGUGUUUCAAGCACAAGUUAAUACUCUUCUUAGCUACUUGUAUAAAAACAUUGAUUGGGAAAAAAAAUAAAAAGGGUACCAGAUCUGCAGUUUUAUUUCAAAGCAUGCCAUUGUGUUUUUUUUUUUUUUUUUUUGCUCUGAGCCCACUGGUGCAAGCCUAAAAUGUUCUAGUUUCUAACAACAACAUUUCACUGUAAUCAUAUUUGCAGCAAGAAAAGCAAGGUAGAAUUCUGAGGCUUGCAGAGCUUUUCAAUGAAUGUUACUUAGUGUUUUAUGUAUCAAAAUUGGGAAACUCUUAUGUUAUGGGUUGUAAAAAUCUUAUGUGGUUCUGGACUAUACCUUCUGGCUAUAAGUGCAUGACAGCCUUGCAGCCUGCUUGGUUUUUGGUGUGUUAUGUUUAGAUGCAUCUUAGAGCAGCAUUGUGUCAGGGGGUAGCUCCAGUUUUCAUUUGCUUCUUUUUUGGAGUGCCUGUUGGUGCUUAAAUUAUGAAUUUACACAGUGUGCAAAGAAAUUGGCACCAUGUCGCAAUAUUGUCAAUAUGAUGCUGCUACAAUUAAAUAAUUCUAAGUAACAGUUUUAAGAAUUAGUAUGUCCCUGUUCUAUAACUCAUAACCUUGCAUUGUAUGCAUUCCUCUGUUUUUUGCUACUAACCUUGGGAUACAUUUCCAAGCUGUAGUUUAUAUAUUGCUCUUCGAGUAACAAGUGUGGCUUCUAUACUGUCAGUAUUAUAUACUGAAAAGAAAUCUUUGAUGAUUGAGUUUUGUUUUCUAGCAGUAACAAAAAUGUGUUAAUGUAAGGUAAACUGAUUAUGCUGACAUAUAUAGUGACUGAGUCUUGAAAAAUAGUUGUAGAUUUCUUUGCUAACUAGAUUUCAACUAACAUCAUAAUUACAAUAGAGCUUUCCCAGCUUCCUUGAAAAACAGUGUGAUUUUUAUGCUGCAGAACAUUCCUAUGUUCAGUUAAUUCUAUAAAAAAAUUGUAUAUGAAUAUGGCUGCAGUUUGAAAUUUUCUAAUAGCAGGUGUUUUUACUUCAUGCCUGUUAAUAGUUCAGCUGUUUAAACAACUGGUGCUGUUUGAAAGCUGUACAAACCAUUACCAGCAGGUGUAACAUUACAAAGGCAAAUCAGUAUGGCCAGUAGCUCUCAUUUAUUGUGACACACAGACAUAUCCCAAAGGAAAUUGUGCAUUAGGCAAAUUUAGAUGGCAGAGCUUUGCUUUAUGGGGAAAUAUGGGCAGGGAACUUCUAUUAUGUUGUUUCGGGGAAAACUGUUAAAAAGAGUUUAUUUUUCCUUUUUUUGUUUAGCGUAUGUUGGAAUUCCAAGGUCUCUUUUGAGAGCUAUGCUGCUGGUGCUUAAGAAAAACUAAACAUCAUUGUAAGCAUUUAGUAACAGGUUAGCUAAUCUUAUCAUGAUUUAAGCAAAUACUUGGUAUUGCACCAGUGAUCUCUUCUGAAAGAUGCACUGCAUUGUUUACAGUAAGUGCCUAGGCCUUUCUGCCUUUUACUGGUGGGGGGGGUCUUGCAGGCACAGUAGCAUAGCUAACCGGCACAUAGGUGCUUUGCAACUUUCAUUUGAAUUUUUCUUCAGAAUAAAAAUUGUCCUCUGCAUUAUGCUAUCCACAUUUGGUGUUGUUUAGAGCUGCUCACAGGAAGAAGAAAAAAACAUUGUGUUCCUAAUAAAUUGACAUUUACAUUAUGGUGCUGCUAAUCUGCUCAUGUGGACUAUACCGUUUACCUCCUUAUUUAUGCCUACAUUUUAGAGCACAAAUACACAUACCAGAGCUAGUAACAGUUUGACAGGGCCUGUCAUUCUGUAAACUGCCCUGUUGGGGGAGCUUCUUACUACACAAAUCAUAUUUGAUUUUGACUGGAAAGGCUGGCUGUUCUAUGUAAUGAGUACUUCUGCAUUUGACCUUGUUGAAGUCAUGCAAGUGAACAAUGCUAGUGUAUGGUAAAGUGGAGAAGUUCUAUUUAGAAUCGUCUGUUGUUAUGCAAAUAUUUCACUCAAGCCAUGCCCCACACAGCAUUAAAAUGCCUUUCAGUUACUUCCCUCAAAAGAUAAGUAACUGUUUUACAUUGUCCCUUAAUGCAGUUGAAACCGUCUAAAACUGCUAAAGCAGUCAACCUGUCAUCAAUAUAAGGAGUAUUUUAACAUUUAUCACCUGCAGGCAUUUCAUUUAUUUAUGAAGCUUAGGUAACCGCAUAUAUAUUGCACUUUUUUGUCAGAAAAAGGAAGCUCAGGUAUGCUUUGCCCAACUGUUUGACGAUGCAUAUGUUAAAAAGGCUAGGCUCCCAUAUGCAACAUUCAAGUUGAUAAAAUUAGGUGCUGGAAUUGAUGGUUUAAGUGGAGUUUAAGACUAAUUUUAAAUUAAUCCAGGUUUAAUAGCUUUGCAUUUAAGUUGUGUGAAGGUUUAGAUUAAUAAAUAACAUGAAGUAAUAGGCAUGAUUUUUUAAGCAUAUAAAGUUGUUUAUUUUUCUUUAAAUAAGAAUACUGUGGUUCAGAAGUCUUUGCUUUGAAAGAAAUCCUGUUUGGCAAGUUCAUUGCUUUCUUUUCCCAUACCCUUUUUUUGCAUCAACAGGCAUCUUUGAAGCUACAUUAUAAGGGUGUCAAAUUAUCUCUUGUUGUCCAUCUCAAGGAAGUAAUGUCUGAUCAUCUCACUGUGGAAAGGGACCAUUUUUCUUGGUUCAUCAAGGACAUUUGUGAAGGCACUUGCACGAGCCCUUACCUUGUCAGUAGAUUUUGUGCCACUGCUGCUGUUUGUUGGACCAAAGUCCAUGCAUCUCCGAAGGCAGUAGUGAUAUUCUCACUGAAGUGUAAAUUUGGAAAACUAGGUUUGAAUCCCACAGCCACUGCAUGAUCAUAUAUAUGCCACUUAAUCACCAUGUGGUCUGUGGGCAUACUGAAAACAUGUUCAGUGUGGGUAUUUUCCUCACUACACUCUUGCAAAAUAAGUAAAUCAAAUUUGGCACAAUCAAGCUGUUUUUAAGCAUAACUUUUCAGAGUAGAAAUUAAUGAAAUGGUUGCCAUUUGAAAGAUGCCUCUGGAAAAUUAGGUUUAAUUAAUAUUAGGUACCUCUGUGUCAGAUUCAUUGCAGUAAACUUUCAAUAUUUGGAGUAAAAAGUGUGAUGUAUAUUUAAGAGCAGGCAAACAUGGAGUAAAAUUUGGUGGUUUGAAGGAAAAUGAGCAAGCACAUGACUUGGGCCAGCCAACCUAUAGCUCAUGUGUGGCAGUGGAAUCCAGUGAAGCAAGGUAGAGUCAGCUUCAGUGAUCCAUCUUUGUUUCUUGCCAGAUGGUUUUAGUUCAUGAUUCCAUCAUUGUAAUAAGCCAUAUUCCUCUCCAGACUUGUUAAUAUCCAUAUACAAUUAGUGCUGUGUUUCCCAGACAGUACUUUCAUUUAGAAAUACCGUCUGUAGUGAGUGCCUCAGGGGUUAUAGUAAGGCCUUGUAAUCAGGAUCAUGUCAUCUGAAAAGAAAGCGCUUAGUGCACUGAGUUUUCAUUUAUGGUCCAAUAUUAAUAUUAAAUGGAGAAUAUUUGCAAACAUGAGAAAUUAGAAGCAAGAUGAGAGAGCAUCAGUAAUAUUUCUUCGUCUUUGUAGGUGACAUUGCUUACGUUCUGAUGUCAGGGUCAUAUUUGCUUACGUAAACUGAGCCAGAUGGAUUGUAGAACACUUACUAGUAAUACUUCAUUCACAACUUCCUUGGGCCAGCCAACCCACAGGAUUGUGUAGGAAAAGUAUGUAUGAAUCUAACUGUCAUGCUUGAAUGUCUACAAGUAUCUACACAUGUCUGGAUCAUUGAUAAAAUGUUAUCAAGUUACUUGUUUGAAUGACAUGUGGUAUAAGAAGUUAGUCAAAGUAAAGAGCUAACCAUUGUUAGCUUAGAUGUUGGCUACUUUAUUGCCACUUUGUAUGUUUCAUUAAGCACAAGUUGUAAGACCCGACCAUCUCUCAUGCCUCUAUUUUCAAAGUAGUAUUUAUCCUUUUAGCGUUAGAUGUGGAAGUGCAGUGGUCAGUUCCAGGAGCACUUUCUUGUUAGUGUGUGCUAUCCGGCUAUCUCCUAUAGAGUCUGAAAUAUUAUGCCAUCAUGUUUUUGGGGUAUUUAUAUGCCUAGACAUACAGCUUAGUUUUGAUCCAGUAGUUUUGCAAGAGCCUCUUUUGGUGACAGAGAAGGACUGCCCAUACUCAUUUACCUUGUUCAGGAAUAGCACACAUCUGCCUAGUUCUUAAUCACCCCAAACUUGCAGUCAUUAACAUGAAAGGGUAAGAAUUUUCAGUCCUUUUUAUUUGUUGUGGAAACAGUAACAUUAGUAUUUUGCUUGUUUAGACUUGCAGUUUGCACUUUGAAAACAUAGAAAUUACUUUUAACCUGAAUGCACUACAUAUAGGCAUACCAAUAGAAGUGCCCAUGUCAGUAUAUAAUAGGUUCAUAGGUUAGGUUAGUACUAGGCUAAUUGCUGUUGUGGGACAUUUUAAGCCUAGCCAGUUACCUCAUCUGAGAAUCAUACCCUGCACCUUGUGUCUGCAAGGUAAACACCCUAACCAUUAUGCCAACCUCUCCCCUACUGUUUAUAGUAGUAUAAACAGUGACUCUUUGUAGGGAAACUGUAUCUGUGGAUUUGUCAAAGCAAAGACUUCUUUUUUGCUGCUUUUCACUUGGUGUACAGGAGUCAAAGUCAUUUGUGUUAACUUAUUGUACUGUAUAGAUGUUUUGCGUUUUAUUGCACAGAGUCAGAACCAGGAGGUACAAAAGACACUUUGACCACUGCUUAAGCUUGUUAAGCUAACUAUGCCACUAACAGAGACUAAAUGUGUACUUGAGUGGCAGUUUCAUUCUUAAAAACUAUUUCUAGUUGCAGGGAAGCAGCAAGUUUUCUGCAGGUUUGCUGAAUGUAUUGUAAAUGGGAUGUCACCUGUGUCUUUGCUUGUCUGUCUGUUGUGAUGAGAUUAGUCACGAACCAUGAAUCUCCAUAAAAAUAAAGUUGUUCUAUGUUUAUUUUGUGCUUCCUGCUGUAUUCUGACAUUAACUGUAGUAAGGAGCUGUGUUUUCUAGGCCAUUGAUUUGUCAGUGGUUGUGUUGAGAGUAAGAGUAAAAGCUGAUACUGACAUUGCAUUUUCAGUUUUUAAGCUUUGAAGAAUCUGCUGGACAUUUACUGGUCUAGUAAGCAAACUGUUUAGUCCUGUUUUAUAUUUUUUUUAUUCAAAUUAAUUGCAUUUUUGUGCAUAAUUUUUCAUUUUAUGCUCCUAAAAAGAACAAUUUGCAAUAUUAUGCUAACACAAAAAAAUACAAAUAGCCUCCUAAACUCAGUUCUUUGCAUCCAGUUGAACUCUCCCUUUUGAUGUUGCAAGCUAGAGAGAAGUGCACCAACAUUGUACAUUAUUUGUUAUAAUCAGCUUAGCUUCAUUUUUAUGUUUUUUUUAAUUUUGUAAAUAUAUAUGUUAAGAUCAUCAGUAUACAGACUGUAAAUACCAAUUUCAUGUAUUUGUACUAAUUAUAAUUUGCUGUAUAGCUUAGAUGUGUUAUGCAGAUAUAUCUAACUGUGUAUGGUAACCGGGCACUACUGAAUUGUUUAGUGAACGAGGUAAUAAAGGUAAACCAGUGCAUUAGCAGAAAAA